UGCAGCGUACUACAGCUCCCAGCAGACUCCGCGCAGCCGGAAGCAUCCUCCGUCAAAGAGAAGGAGAAGAAGAAGCAGGUGAAGAUGAUUAAGAGUAAAGUUGACGAGGAAGACUACUGGCACAGCUCCAAGUUUAAAGCGUUCACCUUCGAUGAUGAAGAUGAUGAGUUAAGCAGGUUGAAGGAGUCUCGGCAGGCAGUAAACAAUAUACGGCGGCUGGUGGAGGAAGACGAUGACGAAGAUGACGUCGAGAAGGUCAGCUGGAGUGGCGAGCCAGUCGGCAGUAUUUCCUGGUCUGUUAAAGAGACAGCAGCCUCCAGUCAGAGGGCAGAUAGAGAGCCCGCCUUUCCCAAAAUCAGCACUGUCACGCCAUCGAUCAGUAGGAGCCAAUCAGGAUACUCUCUGAGCUCUCUAUUCAAAGGAAAACCUAAAGGAGGGAACUUCCAGACCUUUAGUGACGCACUUACUGACUCGUCUGUCAGGCUCUAUGCUCCUGAGCUCCGAAAACCAAAGUCUGAGUACAAGGAUUAUGUCAGUGAUUGGUCACCUGAAGAGACGGUUCAGAGACUUCAGCAAGGAAAGGCUGUGUCUUUGGAGAAGUUCCGCACACUGCAGGACAAACUGCUGCUGCUCGAUCUCGCCAUUGCCGCUCAUGAUGGAAACGUCAUCAUGGCUGUUUUAAUCUAUCUAAAAAGGACACUCUGUAAAGAGGUUUUGUUUCGGGAGCUGGAGUCCAGGCAGACGGCUCUCAGACACUUCAUCCACUACCUGAGUGAGACCCAAAACCAGAGGCUGCUGCUGGAGCUGCACAGAGCACUGGGCAGAGCUGAGGAUGCGGCGCUGCUUCAGUAUAAGGAACACUUGAGCAUCACAGAUGAAAACAAAAGACGGGACUUCCUGAAGAACUGCCUUAGCCUCCCGUUUUCUGCUGAGGACCUGGCCCAUGUUCAGGAUCACUACACUCUAUUGGAGAGGCAGAUCAUCAUCGAGGUGACAGACCGGCAGGCUGAGCGUGGAGGGAAGGUGGAAAUUUUCCAGAAGUUUCCCAGAAAAGCUUUGAUCCUUAACAUGCCGCUGAUCACCACACUGUACUACUGCUGCUUCUACCACUACGCUGAGCCAGAGGGGACCUUCAGCAGUCCGUUAAAUAUCCGUCAGACCUUUAAGAUCUCAGAAAAGCAGUACUUUGUGACAGCUUUGGCUGCAAGGGCGAAGCUGAAGGCAUGGCUGGACGUGGACGCUCUGUUUGCCAGCAGGAAUUGGCUCGGGUUUACCAGGAAGAAAUCACCACUGAGCUUCCAGCGAGUCGUUGACAUCCUACAGAAGAACUCCGCCCCCACACAUGUGCUGCAGGACUACGUGGCACUCGUGGACGACGGAGAGUUGAGGCUCACUUUGGCUCAGAAACAUAAAUGUCACAACAUCGUCAUCAAUACAUACCGGGACAUGAAGGACCGGCAGCUGCUGCUGGGAUACCGUGGGAAGGUGGUGAGGGGCUCCGUGGAGGAGAGGAAGAUUGAUGACCUGCUCAGCAACCCGCAAAUUCGCUGGAAAAACUAACAUGGCUGUCACCAUGGCAACAGGAAUGUCCUUCCAGCCCAUCUGUGGUUGUCUGAAUCGAUGUAGCUCUGCCUACAUGGACAGAAAGGGGCAGAGUCAUGACUUUGAUGUUCCUUUGAAAACCGGAAGUGACUGUAUUGAUGUGAGAAAGGGGGGCGGAGUUAUUUCUUCAUGUUUCAUCAGAUAAUUGGACACGCCUCUGACAUUAAUUCUGACAUCAUCACGCCAAAUAAAAUAAAAACACAGAUUGAUGCUUCAGAACAGUGCAUGCUGGGAUACGAAUGCUGCUGCCAUAUUUGUCCGAGUGUGUAUGUGUGCUCUCAAAUGCUCAGGUUGCCACCUCUCAUAGACAGAUCUGUCCUCAAGUGAACGGGUUUAUUACAUUGGCUAAGUUUGUCUAAAAGUUUCCUAAGUAAAACAAAAAUCCAAAAGCUGUGAUCAAUCCCAUGUUUCUGAUAACAUGUAGAGCGGCCUGAUGUAUUAAAUAUUCCUGUACUGUGUGAGAAAAUGAAUCAUAACUUUUAAUUAAAAGACAUUAGAAACAGCUGAUUUUUGCUGAAUGGAUUUUUUUUUACCUUUUAUUUGUUCACAAACAUAAAGUGCAAAAUAAACACAAACAUCCCCGAAACCCUUUUCAGGCCCAUCUCUCUGUUACAAACAGCCAAUAAACAUUUAUAUAUAAA